UUUGGGGUCGCCGAGGAACAAAAGGCGGCGUUACAACAAAGCGCGCCAGCCUCAAAUGAAAGCAAAAAUUGUCGCUCGUAGUAGUUGUGUUGUGUAGGCCAUUGAUGAUGGCAGAAGGUUCCGUUAGUGAGAGAGACAGCGGAGAUUUAGACGAAGAUAAUGAAUGAGUGAGCUGGCAACGCUGGUUCCCCACCAAGAAGAUUUUAUCACCUGGGAAUACUGGUGGCGGUGGCUCUGCUUCUUGUCCAAAGGUAUCAGAGUCGGAGCUCGGAGUAGUUGUUUUCGAGCAGGCGAGUCAGUCCGAGUUUAGUAUAGUGCAAGCCUUGCGAUGGCGGACUUCAGAACAGCAACAGCUACGCACCCAGGAGAAACGGCAGCAAUGGCGGCAGAAUCGUGGCUGUUGGAAGUGAAGCGCAUGCGCAUCCCGAGGCCCAAAUUCCAGACGAGGUGUCCGGCCGAGCCACCCAAAGACUACUACAUGACCGAGGAGGAGGCGAAAGCCAAGAGGGACCUCGCCAAGGCGACCGAGGAGUUGAGACGAGCAGUACAGGACAAACUUUAGUGUCAACAAACAACAAAAAUGGACAAUUUAACACUCCCAGCCCACGCAAGUAGGCUAAUGCUAAUGACAAGGACAGUGGGGAACUUGAGUGGUGUGUACCCCCGCAGCCCUCGUAAUAGGGCCAGUCUCUCUGGUGGCUGAGUUUUGCAUAAAAAAUUCAGCGCUCAUUGUCGGCUACGCACGCAGAAAAUGGCAAAAGUUAGCCGUGAAGUUCUCUUGUCUCAUACCUGACGUAAUGACUCACGCUGGUCGUGUAAUUCAUGCUAUUGCCUGCUACAAAAACAAAGACACUUGUACGCUUAAAAACUUCACUCUCACUCACACCGUGUAGCAAGCUUCCAGUGUAGAGAGUUAAUCAAUAAGGACUUCAUAAUUUAAGACUAUAUAAAGUACAAUAUCGAGUAAUUUCUAAUGAUAAUAAAAAACUCUCCAUAUCAUAUCUCAUUGUUUGAUUGAAAGUUUAGUUGUCUUUCAUGUUACUAAAUUAGCUGGAAAAGCUACAGCUACUACAGCUCUAAGAAAAAUUGUUAUCGAUUUCAUGAAUUUUAUGUGUUUUGUCAAAAUAUUAACAUUGAUAGCCUAGUAGAGGAACUAUAGAGAAACCUAUAGAAGCCUAUAGAGAAACUUAACUGUGAUGGUCAGGUUCUUGGAUGAUCUUUGCAAUAUUCAACCAGUUGAAAAUAUGAUUGAUUAAUAAUAACUCCUGAACUGAGUACAAUAAUAAUUGAAUAUUGCUGUUCUAGAGUUGAACUGAACUAGUUGUUUUUUCUAUCAACUGACAAUGAAUUUAAUAUUGAUACAACAUAUUAAACUUUGAUAACUUAGGAUAAGAUUUGUUUGUGUAUGUAAGUGUUAUUAUACCCGUGAUAUGAUGAUUUCUAUUCUGUAAAUAGUUUCACAAAUUAAGUUUUGAAAGUAGUUAUUAUGAUUCUGUUUAAACAGAUCUGAAGUGAAUGUGGAAAUAUAUGUUUGUUAACUAAA